AUGCUCUCCUGGCUUAUAAGUAGCAAAAGAACAAGGUCAGAAUCAGAGGACUCGCUGGCUGACCCCCCACCAAACCAGAAUAUCGCUGCAGGUCAGAGUCAGACACAAGCUAAUGAAAGCAGCACUUGUGCCGCGGUCGAUCAGGUUCUCACAAGUGACGUAGAGGACGAGAGUGACAUCACUUCUACCGAUGACAACAGCCGCAUUGCCGAGCAUGAGUGGCCAGAAUGUUGGUCCCAAGCACAAGUACAGUAUUUCUCCACAAAUUACAAGUGGCUGCUAAGCAAAAAUCGAAAGUUGGGCUGUAGUGUGUGUAGUCAAGUUUGUGCUCGUGUAGACAUGCAGCAAGGGCAGAGAGUGUCGCAGGAGUGGAGUGGGUGCUUAAUCUCGUCUUAUGGAAGGGACAAGGCUGCACAACAAAGCUCACUACGAAAGAAAAUUAAAGAGCACAGAGACUCAAUUUAUCACAAGAAAGCAGUUGAAAUAAAAGAGAAGGCAACACAAAAUACAAUGCAAAAACACAUUGAAGAUAUGAGAAAGGCUGAAUACGCCUCAACUUGCAAUGUGUUUAGAACAGCUUAUAAGAUUGGCAAGCAUGGGCGUCCCUUUACAGACAUGCCAAUAGAUGUCCAGUUGCAAGUCUUAAAUGGUGUCAAGAUGGGCAGAGUUUUACACUCUAAUAACUCGUGUGCAAAUAUACUGGAUCACAUUGCAGCUGAAAUGAAAAAGAAGGUAGUCAAUGACAUAGUGAUGAAUGAAAGAAAACUGUGUGUGCUCAUUGAUGAAUCGACUACAAUAAGUGGAAAGUCUGUCCUUGUCGUGUGCCUGCGAUCAGCUAUUUCCAAUGAACAGCCAGACACAGUAUUUUUUGAACUCAUUGAGCUGCAGGGGACCACAGCAAAUGACAUCACUGAAGCACUGUUAGAAUGUCUUCAUAAUAAUGGCUUUGACCCUCACUACCUACAGGAACAUUUGUUGGCAUUUGCUUGUGAUGGAGCCUCAGUGAUGCUUGGGAGGAAAGCAGGAGUUGCUGCGCAGCUUUGUUCCAAAUUCCCUUACCUGUUUGUCUGGCAUUGUUCCAAUCACAGACUGGAACUGGCAGUUUGUGAUGUUUUGAAGGAGGUUGGAGGAAUCAACCACUUUAAAAUAUUUUUAGAUCAGCUUUACUCCCUCUACCAUGCAUCCCCAAAAAACCAAAGGGAGUUAACAGAGAGUGCUCACAGUGUUGGACAGCGUCUCCUUGUGAUAGGCCGUGUUUUAUCAGUGCGUUGGGUUGCUUCAAGUGAGAGAACGGUGAAAGCAGUAUGGGAGAACUACCCAGCUUUGCAGGUACACUUUACAAGUGCUGCUGCUGAUACCAGCAGGGACUCAAGAGAGAGAGCAAAAUACAAAGGACUCAAUGAUGUUCUCACUACUGUUUCUUUUGUGGUCAAUCUUGGCAUCAUGUAUGACGCUCUCACAGAACUCAGUGACCUCUCAAGAAUGCUCCAGAGACGUGACAUGACUUUGGAUCAAGCCGACAGGCAGCUGGACCGACAGAUCCGGGUGUUUGAGUCAAUGGUAUCCACACCUGGUCCCUACACACAAAUUGCCAUUGAGGCUGAAAAUAAGAAAAUCUUCAGAAAUGUAUGCCUGCAUGAAAAUGAGAGGGUUAUAAAAAUCAACCCUGGGCAAUUUUUCCGUAGCCUGGCUGAAAAUGUUAAGUGCAGGAUGACUCCAACAACUUCCUCACAUGUCAGUAGAACCUCAUCUGAAAAGACAGACAGUCACCUCCUCUCAGACAUCAAGGUCCUCCAGUCUGACUCCUGGCCUGCAUCUCUUGAGAUUCAAUAUGGUGAUGCAGCGGUCAGACGUUUAUGUCAGAGAUUCAGAGUUGGGGAGAGGAAAAGUGUCCAAGGAUUUAGGGAGUAUAAAGACCUUAAAGCUUCCAAGACACCAGAAGACCUGAAGCCUCUUCUUAAAGCUGUCCACACCAUUGCAGUAUCAACAAGUGAAUGCGAGCGAGCUUUCAGCUCAAUGAAUGAUACUUUGACAGAUAAAAGAAACUCUCUCGACAUCAAAAGGCUUUCAAAUCUGAUCUUCCUGAAAUGCAACGGACCACCCUUGGAUCAGUUUAAUGCACAAACAUAUGUGCAGACAUGGCUGGCAAAAGGGAGGAGAAGUGCAGCCUUCACAAACUGCGAAGCCAAAAGUGCAAGGAAAGUGGAGCCCAAAACGUGCUGGAGCCUUUUCUAG